AUGGACGCCAUCAACAUCACUAUCGAUAAGCCUCUCAGCCCAUGUCGAUUGCACCGGGCCCCAAUCAACACUUGCCUGCUCAUUGGCCGUCCUAAUGGACAGGAUAUGAAGAGACCGCCUUCAUGCAGCUCAGUGCCGGAAGCUAGGCGAUUUGUUCCCUUCAAGACAUCUUCCUAG